AUGCCGAACCAGCAGCUAGCUGGCGCCGUUGCCGCCGGGAGCUGGAUCUCUGACUAUCUCUCUGACUAUCUCUCUGACCAUCGCCAGCAGGCCGGUGCUCGAGAUUGGUCAGGUUCUCCUGCUUGGUUAUCGGCCGGGUUUCAGGCGGUUUCACGGACAGGAGGGCAGGAGGACAAGGAGAGGGACAAGGAGAAGGACAGGGAGAAGGACAGGGACAUGGAGGGAGGACAUGAAGGAGGGGGACGGACAGCGAAGACGACCUCUCUCUCUCUCUCUCUCACUCUCUCUCGUACCAAGCCAGCCAUACAGAGCGACGGAGGGCCAUGCAGAGCCAUGCAGAGCUAUGCACAGCUAUGCAGGACGAUGGCCGGGCGAUGGAGGGGGAAUGGGAAGGUACAUGCGGGGCCCGCGGUGCUUUGGCUGGGCCGCGAGGUACCCUGCCACGCCCGCUCCAUGGCUCCUCCAUGGCUCCUCCACGGCGCUGCAUGGCCCAGCAUGGCCCAGCAUUCCCGCGCAUACCUCGCCCUGGUUAACACUAAAGCCAGCGACGAUGGGCUUAUAACACCGCCGACCCCACUUUCUACCUGCCUCCGCCUCCACCUCCGUCUUCCUCUUCUUCUCGCCCUCUUCUUCUUUUCCCUUCUUCUUCCUCCUCUUCUUCUCAACCUUCACCUUAACAACCAUCUCACUCUCAUCGUCAUCUUCAGCAGCAGCAGCAGCAACCAUGGCCCUUACACAGAAGAUCGAGACGCCCACCGCCACCUUCGAGCAGCCGCUCGGCCUCUGGACAGGUUCAUCAACAACAAGUUCGUCAAGGGCGUCGAGGGCAAGACCUUCGAGACCAUCAACCCUCACAAUGAAAAAGUCAUCUGUGCCGUCCAUGAAGCUACUGAGAAGGACGUCGACCUUGCAGUUGCGGCUGCCCGCGCUGCCGUCGAGGGUCCUUGGAGAAAGGUCACCCCCAGUGAUAGGGGCCGCAUGCUGACCAAGCUCGCCGACCUGCUCGAGCGGGAUAUCGAGACCAUUGCCGCCAUCGAGGCCCUCGACAACGGCAAGGCCCUCUCCAUGGCCAAGGCAGACGUCACCAACGCUGCCGGGUGCCUCAGAUACUACGGCGGCUGGGCCGACAAGGUCGAGGGCAAAGUCAUCGACACCGACCACGAGACCUUCACCUAUACCCGCCACGAGCCCGUCGGUGUCUGCGGCCAGAUCAUCCCCUGGAACUUCCCCUUGCUCAUGUUUGCCUGGAAGAUCGGCCCGGCCCUGGCCACCGGUAACUCCAUCGUCAUGAAGACCGCCGAGCAGACCCCUCUCAGCGGUCUCUACGUCGGCAACCUCAUCGUCGAGGCUGGUUUCCCCGCCGGUGUUGUCAACGUCAUCUCUGGCUUCGGUCGUGUUGCCGGUGCCGCCAUCUCCUCCCACAUGGACAUCGACAAGGUUGCCUUCACCGGCUCCACCGUCGUUGGCCGCCAGAUCCUCCAGGCCGCCGCCAAGUCUAACCUCAAGAAGGUCACCCUCGAGCUCGGUGGAAAGAGCCCCAACAUCGUCUUCAACGACGCCGACAUUGACAAUGCCAUCAGCUGGGUCAACUUCGGUAUCUACUACAACCACGGCCAGUGCUGCUGUGCCGGUUCCCGUAUCCUCGUCCAGGAGGGCAUCUACGACAAGUUCCUUGCUCGCUUCAAGGAGCGUGCCAACCAGAACAAGGUCGGCGACCCAUUCAAGCCAGACACCUUCCAGGGCCCCCAGAUCUCUCAGCUCCAGUUCGACCGUAUCAUGGGCUAUAUCGAAGACGGCAAGAAGGCCGGUGCCAAGGUCGAGGUUGGUGGUGAGCGUCACGGAAACGAGGGCUACUACAUCCAGCCAACCAUCUUCAGUGAAUGUACCGAUGACAUGAAGAUCGUCAAGGAGGAGAUCUUCGGACCCGUCUGCACUGUCCAGAAGUUCUCUACCGAAGAGGAUGCCAUUCGCAUUGCCAACAACUCUUCCUACGGCCUCGCUGCCGCCCUCCACACCAAGGACCUCAACACCUCCAUCCGUGUCUCCAACGCCCUCAAGGCCGGAACCGUCUGGGUCAACUGCUACAACCUCAUCUCCUACCAGUCUCCCUUCGGUGGAUUCAAGGAGAGUGGUAUUGGCCGUGAGUUGGGAGAAUACGCCCUCGACAACUACACCCAGAUCAAGACCGUGCGCAUCCGUCUUGGUGACGCCAUGUUCGGUUAA